AUGUUCUGGUCAGGCGAUACCUCUGACCUCCCCCAAAACUCUACUCUCUGCCCCACCGACCCCCAUCAACAGGAAUAUCAAUGCUUUCCUCACCUUGACGACCCCAUCCCUCCCCUUCCCGACUACCGCCCGUCCUCCCCGCUCUUCUCCCUCCCUAUCCCUCCCCUCGACUCCCUCCCCGACCAGCUCGUCUACCUCCCCCCGGACCCGCACGAGCCGCUGGCGGACUCUGAGCUCUACAGCUUCCUCGAACAGGAUAGAGAGGGAGCAGGGUAUGACUUGCUUGGCGAUGUGCCACCUAGCACCCUGUCUGGCUCCUCCGCGUUGCCGAUCGCCAACCCCGUGGCGGUACUUGAGACUGUGAUGCCGGAGCCGAGAAGGAAGCGGGGGCGAGGGAUGAUCAAGCUGGGGGCGGGCUGGACGGUGAUCCAGGGGGGCAGGAUCAAGCGGCAUCUGCCAACGGGAGAGGAAAUCAGAGAAGCUGCAAGCAAUGGAGGAGAGGUCGAAGAGGAAGGGAAGACUCCUUGUCAGGGUUUGAGGGGAGGGCUGGUGCAGCCGGGGUCAGCACGGCAAUAG